CUGUUGAGUUAAGAGCCACCGUGUUAACAGCAGCUGUCAAACUCAUGGGACCCUCCUGCCCCUGCCCCCCGGGCCACUGGGAGCUGUGCUGAGGUCUCCACUGCGCAUGUCAGAGCGCUGGACAGCUCCAGAGAGGGAAAUUUAAAAACGGUUUUUUGGAGAAUCAAGUGCAGCACAGAGAAAAUACAGUACAGGGGCUCGCGACCGGCUCUCACCACCUCCAGUAUCAUCCAAAACAGAGGCUCCACAUAUCCCAGGAAAUGAUAGAAGGCGGAAUUACAUCCAUGAUGUCAGGAAUAAUUGAGAAUUCUGGGCAUCAUCCAUCGCCACAGGAUUACAGGCUUCUGACCACGGACCCCUCCCAGCUGAGGGAGGAGGACCUCCCCGGGGACCUGCAGUCUCUGUCAUGGCUCACCUCUGUGGAUGUGCCCCGACUACAGCAGAUGGCUGAUACCCGGGGCCACAGCAACGGGCCCUCCCAGGGCAGCCUGCUGGAGCAACAGACAGCUCAGCUGAGCAGCCUGGCGAUGACGGCUGGACAAGGCUCCAUGCUCCAGCUCCAGAGCAACAUGCAGCACAGCCCUCUGGGAAUCAGCAUCAUCAACACCCACAGUGGAAGUAUGUCUCCAUUCUCCAUGAAUGGGAUGCCUUCUCCAGGAUACCAGUGCCCUACCUCAGUCUACCAGCCUACACCCCAGCACGUGUACUCUCUCACCCAAACUGGACAACAGUGUUCAACAACUGGGCUUUAUAGCAAUGUCUCUUUCAACGACCAAAGUCUAUUCACGCAACCUCGUCUGGCUCCGCAAGACCAGGAGCUGCAGCCCAAGUCUUUCCCCAAGCCCAUCUACUCCUACAGCUGUUUGAUUGCCAUGGCUCUGAAAAACAGCAAAACUGGCAGCCUCCCAGUCAGUGAGAUCUAUAGCUUUAUGAAGGACCACUUUCCUUAUUUCAAGACUGCACCUGAUGGAUGGAAGAACUCCGUCAGACACAACCUGUCCUUAAACAAAUGCUUUGAGAAAGUGGAGAACAAGACGAGCAGCUCGUCUCGUAAGGGCUGUCUCUGGGCACUGAACCCUGCCAAAAUUGACAAGAUGGAGGAGGAGAUGCAGAAGUGGAAACGCAAGGACCUGCCGGCCAUCCGCCGCAGCAUGGCUAACCCUGAUGAGCUGGACAAACUGAUCACAGACCGCCCAGAGAACUGCAGACGCAAGUUGUUAGAGGCCGGCAUGACCCGGCUGCCCGGCUGUCAGACGGGCCUCCCGCUGCCCGUCUCUGCCCAGAUGCAGCCUCAGCCUAUAGUCACGCUGUCCCUCCCGUGUUUACCCAUGCACCAGCACCACCAGUUUCAGGCCCAGCUCCAGGCUCAGGCCCGACUGGCCCCCAUGUCCCCCGCCCCGGCCCAGACACCUCCCCUCCACACUGUCCCCGACCUUUGCCACAGUCCUCUCACUCAGCAGUCCAGCAAGCCCCCUGAUGAUUUCUACAUCGUGCACGGUGACACGCACACAGAGGUGGACGCACUAGACCCCAGCAUCAUGGACUUUGCCUUUCAAGGUAACCUGUGGGAGGAAAUGAAGGACGACAGCUUUAACCUGGAUGCUUUGGGCACCUUCAGUAACUCGCCCCUCCGACUAUCAGACUGUGACUUGGGAACAGCCAGCCUCCCUCCCAGCUCCACCGGGGUGAACAUGCCGCUGUCAGAUGUGCAGGUGACGGGCCUCUACACCACCUACACCACCCAGGACCCCCUGUCGUCCCAGUACAUGGGCACAGCAGCCAACAGCAAGCCCAUCAUCCUGCUUUGAAGCAACGCUAACAGAGUCAACAUGAUUUUAUCUCAUCUGUGGAAAUCUAUGAACGCGGUCUGAAGAAGUCUCUGGUUUCUUCUGUGCUACUAAACAUACAAAUCACACUGCUUCACCCGAGGAACUACCUGGAGAAAGGAUGUUUGAAAAUCAUGUCCCGUACAGUCUACCAUUAAACUGCUCAUAAGAGAUGAAACUAAUAAUAAAUUAAGGUUUUAAGAAAGACGUAUGUAAGACUUAAAAUAUCUAGCUUUGCCAAGCAAAGCCUCCCAGCCAGUAUGAGUACGAGGACUCUGCCUGGAGAAGUAUGUGUAAGUUAGCAUCUACCGUUUUUUCUACUGUUCACUCUGCGUUUUAAAGUCCUUCCAUACUGUAGCUCUCCAUCUCUUGUCUGUUGUAUUGUGCUAGACAUUAUUACUGUGACGUUUUAUUUAUAUUUAUAAAAAGGCAGCUGGAGAAGGGGAUGACUGUCAGUCUUUUGCUGUAUAUAUUUGAAUGUUUUAAAAUUGCUAUUGCCACAGAAAAGCUUUGUUUUUGACUGUAUUUACACACUUAAGUUCCAAAAUGCAAACGUGUGCCAACACUUUUUGAGUAAUCCAGAUGUUACGCGUUAUUCUUCUACACACUGUGAUUAACAUGUCUGAAAGUUAGGUGUACAUUAUGUUCAGUUACGUGACCAUAAUAAAAAUCGAAUGGGUGAAUAAAAAUACAUUUGUUUUUGCCAAAAA